AUGAACCAAACAAAGACAACACGAGAGAUUACUCCUCGUGUAAUUCGUUUAUCAAUUAAUAAACCAUCGUCAUUACCUACGAAUUCCAUUCGAUUAGUAACAUCAACACCUUCGCAUCCAAUUGCAUCUGUCAAUAAAAUUGAAACAUCACCAUUAAUACCUAAACAGAUUAAUAUCAUCAAACCAUUAUUAUCAUCAUUAAUUACUCCAGCUAUUAAACUUGCUAAUCCGAUACUUAUUUCUAAUAAAUCUCAACAGCCAUCGAUGAACUAA